AUGGAUUGGCACAAAGAGGCGCACAAACGUACACGCGUGUGUUUUACAUUCUCAGUCCUCAAGUCAGUAGUUACACAGAAGUCAAUGGUACGGAGGCUCGCGCAAAACGUAAAGAGCCAUAUAAAAUUAUUGAACACCAUAAAAUCAAAAUCACAUGAUCAUAGCAAGCUCAUUCAAUACGUCGUCAGAAAUGAGAAAUUAACCUUGUUCCUCCGAGGCGCCGAAAUCUCGUCCCGGCCAUGGGAGGUGGAGGUGGUCGCCUCCACGGCUGCCGCGGCGGCGGCGGUACUUCCGGAUGAUCUGUUCCUCUCAUCAAUCGCCUCCGUCAGUCCCUGCAGCUUCGAGGAGCAGAAAGCGAGGCACGAACACCAACUGCGCUUCCGAGCGCCGAGGAAUUUCAAGGAGCAAGCGAUUCUAGAAGUGGACGGCGAGGCGGAAACCCUAGUAAUGGCGGUGGAGUACGUUGAGAAGCUAGUGGUGGAAGAAGAUGAAGUAGAGAGAACCAUUGUGGACGGUUUGCGCUUGUGUGGGAGUGUGCCAGUGUGGGCGCUUUAUGUGAAGAACCAAAUUGCAGAGGACAAAAUCUGCGAAGGCACGUUCGGGAGAGAAAUUCUUCAAUCCAAUUAA